UUGUCAUCCUCGUACACGCUGGAAGUAAUGAGGUCAUCGGGGAAGAAAUAGCUUCUUAUAUUUGACAAGAACUGAAAAGAAGACACAAGACCGAUCUGUGGCCAACUAUAGAGACCCUGCCAUCUCCCAGAGAAAAGGACGAUGUAUUGGGAUUUCACAUGAACUAUUAAAUUAAGGAAAUGGGUCAGUCCUUGAAAAAGGCCAACCUGAAUCACCGUCGACAUCACUAUACCCUGGUCACAGACAGACAUAGAAGCAUCUUUGAAGAGUUUGAAUGCCGAUUUCCAGAUAUAUGUGACCUACCACCAGAGUUAGCACUCAUUGUAUUGUCAAACCUCAACGCAACUGAACUGUGUCUAGCAGCAUGUGUCAACCAAUUCUGGGCUUCUUUAGCAAAAGAUGAGAUGCUAUGGGAAGGGCUUUGUAGAGCUACCUGGGGUUGUGUAUCGGCUUAUAGAAAGCAUCAUGGUAACUCUUUCUCAUUUAGAAAGUUAUACUUGGAUUUAGAUGAAGGCACAUUAACAUUUAAUGCUGAUCCAGAAUUGGGUAUGCAGUACUUGUUGAACAAGGAAAUAGUGGAUAAUAAUGCUCUAUCUAUUGCACAGUUUAUACAUACAACAAACAGACUGGAUAGAAAACAAGUUAGGAUAUUUGUAGACAACAGGCGUGAUGUGCUAGACGAACUUAUUAAUUUACACAACUAUGCAAAUAAAUUUCUGGCUAAUGCUUUGAGGUUGUUCUUCUCAAACAUUGAUGCACCUAGUCAGAGAAGCAAUGAGCUACAGACAUUGAUUGAGAAAUUUGCCUCCAGGUUUAUUGAUUGUAAUCCGUCUUGUGGUCUCACAGCAGAGACAAUUUACGUCCUGUGUUAUUCUUUAAUUUUACUGUCAGUUGAUCUGACUAGUCCUCAUGUGAAAAACAAGAUGUCAAAGCGAGAAUUCAUCCGGAAUGUACGAAGAGCUGCUGUUCAUGUGGAUGAUGAAUUCUCAGGUCAUCUUUAUGACAACAUCUACUUAGUUGGCCAUAUUGCCCCACAGAGAUGGUAG